CUCUUAAAAUGUAACAAUGAGAUAACCUCAUGAAUUUGAUGUAAAUAGAUAGAAGAUAACAUAUAGAAUAUACAUAUAGAAUAGACACAUUGAGAGGGAGUAGGGAAUUUAAUUUAUUAAAAUGACGGAAACCCAAGGAACUGAGCAUAGAAAGGGGCAAGGCGAAGUUGGAAAAUCGCAACCUAAAGUGUCAGAACAUUUUGCUGCACUUCUAAGUGAUCUGAAUAUGGCGGUAGAUGAUACUCAGGGGAUAUAUAGUAAAUGGGCCCAGACAUAUGAUGAGGAUCUUAAUGAAAAUGGGUACAACUACGGUACUCCGAUAUUGGCUGCCAGACAUUUUGCGAAACUUUUCCAAGAAGGGGAAAGGUCAAAUGUUAAAGUACUCGAUGUAGCUGCUGGUACUGGGGUUGUGGGACUGGAGCUGAAGAAACGGGGUUUCAGCGAUAUUGAUGCUGUAGAUGCUAACCAAGCCAUGCUGGAUAUUGCCAAGUCAAAGCAAGUUUACAACCGACUGAUUUGUGAUCUCAUCGGAUCGAACAGUCUUGACAUACAAGAUGAUACGUAUGAUGGCGCAGUGGCGACGGGGUGCUUCUCAAAAUCACAUGUCAAUCAAGAUUGCUUCCAUGAAUUGACUCGCAUCAUAAAACCUGGUGGAUAUCUCCUGAUACAAAUAAUAUCAGAAGUUCUAGAAACACUUGUAGGGUUCGAAGAAGCUAUGGAACAACUAGAAAAGGAAAACGUAUGGACAAUAGCCAAAAGGGAACGAUUUCCAGAUUGGCAUCCUCACAAAGCAGGCGAUGGGAUGAGGAUUAUUUGUAGAAUCAACUAGAAUAGGCGUUCUUCAAUUAACUAGUUUAAGAAUAAUGAAUUUAGAGGAUUUGGAGUGAUUCCGGAAGAUGUGACUAAUAGUUAUAGAGGUAAAUUGGUGAUACAUAUGAGAAUAAA